GGAGAAGCCAUGAUCACGGGAACUUGCUGGAGGUGCCUCCUCCUCUGCUUCUGUUUCCUUAGAGGAUCCGCACAGAAUUUCCCCCAGACGAGGUUUAUCUGCACCUCAGUGCCUCUAGACAUGGAUAUGUGCACUUCCUCCAUGCAGAACAGCGGUCCCACCGAGGACCUGAAGACCACCAUCUUGCAGCUGCGGGAGACGGUCAUUCAACAGAAAGAGACCAUCAUGAACCAAAAGGAUACAAUCAGGGACUUGACGGGCAAGCUGGCCAGGUGCGAGGGGCAGACGGUGCUGGAGGUGCCCUCCAACGAGCCCAAGACCGGAGCAGCCCCUGGCUCCAGGAAAAAAGAGACUGGGACCCCCAAGAACACCAUGGGAGACCUGUCUAGGACCCCCACGGCUGAGACCCUCACUCAGCUGGGACAGACUCUGCAAAGUCUCAAGACGAGGCUGGAAAACUUAGAGCAAUACAGCAGAGGGAACUCGUCCGUCCAAGCCAGCAGCCUGAAAGAUUUGUUGCAGACCAAAAUAGAUGACUUGGAGAAGCAAGUCCUGUCCAGGGUCAACAACCUGGAAGAAGGGAAGGUCAACGUGAAGAAUGAGACGGAGCUGAGGGGCAAAAUAGAGAGUGCCCUCACGUCUCUGCAGCAGAGGAUCACCGACCUGGAAAAAGGUCAAAAGGAGAGCAGGCCUGCAGACAAAUUUCAGCUCACUUUCCCCUUGAGGACAAACUACAUGUAUGCCAAAGUGAAAAAGAGCCUCCCGGAAAUGUACGCUUUUACUGUGUGCAUGUGGCUCAAGUCCAACGCCUCCCCAGGGGUGGGCACUCCGUUUUCAUAUGCAGUGCCAGGCCAACCCAACGAGCUGGUUUUGAUUGAGUGGGGGAACAAUCCAAUGGAAAUACUAAUCAACGACAAGGUAGCGAAAUUGCCCUUUGUAAUCAAUGACGGCAAGUGGCAUCAUAUCUGCAUUGCCUGGACAACACGGGAUGGUGUGUGGGAGGCCUACCAGGAUGGUGUACUUAGAGGAAACGGAGAGAACUUGGCUCCCUACCACCCCAUCAAACAUCAGGGAGUGCUGGUGUUGGGCCAGGAACAGGACACGUUGGGAGGCGGUUUCGACGCCACCCAGGCCUUUGUUGGCGAGCUAGCUCAUUUCAACAUGUGGGACAGGAAGCUGACGGUCGGGGAAGUCUACAACCUGGCGACCUGCAGCAACAAAGCGCUGACCGGUAACGUCAUCAGCUGGGCAGAAACCAACAUUGAGAUCUUCGGCGGGGCCACCAAGUGGACAUUCGAUGCAUGCCGCCAAAUCAACUGAACCCUCCCACGGAUACCCGUUCUCGGCUAGA